AUGUCCUCCCGCAAUGCGCCCAGCGUGGCCGACCUGGCUGCGCAGGCCAACAACUACACAUACAAUGCGCACAUACCGCUGGCAAACUGGCUGCGAACGGCGAACACCAUGCAGAAGGAGGCGCAAGUCUAUGAGAUCGAGGGUAACGAGGCGCAAACUUACCUCCUUCUGUGUCGCCACGCCGGCCUUGUGCUGGAUCAUCUGAUAGAGCACCCUGACCGCAAGAAGCCGGAGAACCGAAAAGCGCUCAACGCUGCAACCAAGACUGUCCAAAGCGACCUUCAGAGGAUGGAGGAGCUCCGGCCGCGGAUAGAGAGGCGACAUGAGGAGUACGAGGACAGGAAGAGGCGACAGCAGGAUGCUUUGAAGGCAUUGCAGGGCAAGCACGCGAAGAGCUUGCCACAUGAGUCGGACGCACUCUCGAUACAAGACCGGACGUCCCGGAGAAUAUCGUACGGGGAGAGACCGGCGCUAGACGCGCGGAACCUGGACAACCACUCGUUGGCAGCGAGGCUGGCGCAGAGAGAAGUGCGGCGGCGAGAUACACAGCGCAUGAGUGUCCGGCAGGCUGGCGUGUCGGAAGAGGAGGAGCAAGAGAGGAGGACUGGUGGCAUCUGGGGGACUUGGGACGAUGAAUAUGCGCGGCAAGUUCGGCCUGGGGAUGAUUUGUCCAGUCAGAUUCAAGAGGUCGCGCGCUUGCAGAGAGACGGCCAGCGCAUGUCGUACUCCCAGCGCCCACCCUCGCAAACUUCCACGUCAGUAUACAACUACCCAUCCGUACCACAUACCUCCGCGCAGGAUCAAUGGUCAGAUUCCAGCACGCAGGGUUCCUCUCUACCUGCUCGUCCACCAAAAGAGCAAAUCUGGAGAUCCUCCGGCGCGCCCUCAAUCCCACCACCUCUCCCACCGAAAUCCUCCACACCAACACAUCCAAGUCUCUACGAUCGGCCCUACCCGCCUCCAGUACCCGGAAAGUACGCCUCCGACGCACCGCCCAUACCAGGAAAAUACACCACCGAGCGGCCCCCCACACCCUCCAACGAACUUGACGACUUCACCUUCCAGCCUAGCGCCUUCCUCGAAAACGGCGACCCUUUGCGGCCCGUCUUUCUCCCCUCCCAACUACGCUCUCAAUUUCUCGGCAGCGCAUCCACAAACACGCGCCUAAACCUAGAGACGUGCGGCAUGCUGUGCGGCAUUCUGAAGAACAAUGCCCUGUUCAUAACGCGGCUAAUCAUUCCCGAGCAGACAAGCACAAGCGAUACCUGCGAGACCCUGAACGAGGAAGAGCUAUUCGACUACUGCGACAAGGAAAAUCUGCUGGUCGUGGGCUGGAUACACACACAUCCCACGCAGACGUGUUUCAUGAGCAGUAGGGAUCUGCACACACACGUCGGCUAUCAGGUCAUGAUGGCCGAGAGCAUUGCAAUCGUCUGCGCGCCGUCGAAACAGCCCAGCUGGGGCUGCUUUCGGCUUACGGAUCCGCCGGGGAAGCAGGCGAUACUGAGCUGCUCCAAGCCCGGCAUUUUCCAUCCGCAUGAUGUGGAUAAUAUUUAUACGGAGGCGCUGAAGCCGGGCCAUGUCGUGGAGCUGCAGAACGCGCCACUGGAGAUUGUGGAUUUGCGGCCGAAGAAGAGCUUUACAUAG